UCUGGUUGCGACACAGAUGGUUCCGGCAUUGGUACUUGUGGAUCUGUAGCCAGUAUUUCUGAUUGCGACGCUGAUGGUUCUGGUAUUGGUACUUGCGUAUCUGUAGCCAUUAUUUCUGGUUGCGACACAGAUGGUUCCGGCAUUGGUACUAGCGUAUCUGAAGCCAUUAUUUCUGGUUGCGAC